CAUGGUUGAUACAUGGUUUCAGACACCUGUGUCCCACGCAGGAGUAGCUUGGUUCAACACCUGGCUCCAGCUCAGGCAGCAGGUGACAGCACAAGUAAUUGGGUCCCUGCCACCCAUGUGGGAGACCUGGGCUGAGUUCCCCAACUUCUGUUUCUCAAAUUUAACUAUGUAAUAUAUAUACAUAUCUAUGUGGGGUAGACAGAUUGGUAAAUACACGGAUGGGUAUAAAGAACUAGGAAGAAUUCGUUCAGAGAAGUAGGAUGCGAAAGAACCUCCUGGUCUCAGCAUGGCUUACUGGCACCGUGGAGGACGGAGGGGAUUUUAUGGUGGGCUGACAAGAGCAUGGGUCUGGCUUCCAAAGAUCUGGAGCCCACGCACCCCAAGGUAUCAGUGUGUAAAGUGUGUGUCCAGCGGGACGGUUCUGACCAGCGUUGCCACACUAAUAUCUGUGACUCAGCAGGGGCAAUGUGCUUCCACAGGCGGUAAAAAUAUUCUAGACUCUUCCCUUCCAGCGCUCACUGUUUACUUCCCCUACACUUCCCCUUCCUGCCUCCGUUUGCUGCUCGGCUCAUAGGCUCCUAGCGGGCCUCGGUGGGGGUGGGUUAACCCUGUCUUUCCAGGGGGCUUUGCCACCACACUCCCGCCAGGGCUCAGAAUCUACAGUGAGGGCUGUGGUUGGGAGUUCAGUUGGAUUCUGGAAACAUCCGUGAGUUUCCACCCUGUUUCUGGGCACUGGGCCAGAUGGCCAGGGACUGGAAGGCAGUAGCGGAAGCCCAUGGUAGCCAGGUGGGUGAAGGGGAGCAAGCACGUUCUUUCCACCUGCCUGGAAGAAGACUUCUCUGACCUGCCGAGCAAGCGACAGGCUUUCCUUGUGGCCGCUUUCCUCUGGGUUAGACAGAGGAGCGCUGCUGGGGUGACGACCAGGAAGGCCCGCGUCCAGCAAGUGUAUCCUGUACUUGGCUUCCAAGCGAGUCCCAAGACAAGUAGAGGCACCUUUAACAAGUGCUUCUGAGAGCCUGAGCAUGGAUGCCCUUCAUGUGAGCCCCCCCAGUGCCCCUCUGGGGAAGCACACUGCCGGGGCCAUGCUCAAGGCCCACCGGCCCCGGGUCAUGUCCAAGAGCGGUCACAGCAAUGUGAGGAUCGACAAAGUGGAUGGGAUAUACUUACUCUACCUGCAAGACUUGUGGACGACCGUCAUCGACAUGAAGUGGAGGUACAAGCUCACGCUGUUUGCCGCCACCUUUGUGAUGACCUGGUUCCUUUUUGGAGUGAUCUACUACGCCAUUGCAUUUAUUCACGGGGAUUUGGAACCCAGUGAGCGGAUCUCAAAUCACACCCCCUGCAUCAUGAAAGUGGACUCUCUCACGGGGGCCUUUCUCUUUUCCCUGGAAUCCCAGACAACCAUCGGCUACGGCGUCCGUUCCAUCACAGAGGAGUGUCCUCAUGCCAUCUUCCUGCUGGUGGCUCAACUGGUCAUCACGACCUUGAUCGAGAUCUUCAUCACGGGCACCUUCCUGGCCAAAAUCGCGAGACCCAAAAAGCGAGCUGAGACCAUCAAGUUCAGCCACUGCGCAGUCAUCACCAAGCAGAACGGCAAGCUGUGCCUGGUGAUCCAGGUGGCCAACAUGAGGAAGAGCCUCCUGAUUCAAUGCCAGCUCUCGGGCAAGCUCCUCCAGACCCACGUCACCAAGGAAGGGGAACGCAUCCUGCUCAACCAAGCCACGGUCAAAUUCCACGUGGACUCCUCGUCGGAGAGCCCCUUCCUCAUCUUGCCCAUGACCUUCUACCAUGUGCUGGACGAGACCAGCCCGCUGCGAGACCUCACACCCCAGAAUCUGAAGGAGAAGGAGUUUGAGCUCGUGGUCCUGCUCAACGCCACUGUGGAAUCCACCAGCGCCGUCUGCCAGAGCCGAACCUCCUACAUCCCGGAAGAGAUCUACUGGGGUUUUGAGUUCGUGCCCGUGGUCUCGCUCUCCAAGAACGGCAAGUACGUGGCUGACUUCAGCCAGUUCGAACAGAUCCGCAAGAGCUCAGACUGCACCAUCUACUGCGCGGAUUCUGAGAAGCAGAAACUGGAGGAGAGGUACAGGCAGGAGGAUCAGAGGGAGAGGGAGUUGAGGACCCUUUUGUUACAGCAGAGCAACGUCUGAUCCCAGGGUGUGGGCUGCCUGCACCUCUGAGAGCUAUUUCACCUGGGUGCUCCCUUCAAUCCCUAAGGUCGCUACGAGAGCGAAACACGAGGGCCCGCUUGGAAAAACCGCAGGGACGUACAACGUCCAUCUUUGACUCUGACAGGGUGGCCAAGCAAGCGUGGCCAAGUUCUAGAAAGUUCCUUGGAGUGCCUUGUCUGAACUGAACUCUCAGAACUCAAACUUUCAGAAGUAGGGCUUCCCUUUGAAGAGCGUGGUCUAGAGCAGUUGAGAAAACGUCUUGUUAGACGGAGAGACAUUCAGCAAUGCUGAUAUUGAGGGGAAAUGUACUUCCAAGGGAGAAUAUCAGCUUUAGUAUAAGGUAUUUAUUUAAUCUGGGGUUCAAAGACAUUAUGGCCAAGGGUUGAAGUGGGGGUCAGUAUUCACUUGCAUCAUUGCUCUCAAACACACUCCUCUUGUUCCAGCAGAGAGAAUGUUCUGUGUGAUCAUGAUUGUCUGGGAAUGCCCAAAAAGCACUGGUGGGGACACUGGACACUCAUGGAGUGUAGUAAUUGCAUUUUUACAUUUCUUCAGUGGCCUGAACUGAGAGAGUGAAAUCGACCAUAUUCGUAAAUAACAGAUGUGAAGAAUCUCCCGAUGGCGCUCAUGCUAUUAUUCCCUUCUAUCCAAAAUGUGGAGCCCGGAGCAUGUAAGAGCUUUUUAGCAGUAUAGAUCCCUAGAGCUCAGUGGAACGUGCAGGAUCAGUAUCUGUGUCUUAACCCCCCCCUCCGGAAUUUGGGUACAAACGGAAGCUGGAUGAGCUGUGCUCUGGACGGUAUUUUCCAAGUCACUUUCGGAAGCCACAUGGAAAACCGACUGUGGGUCCCACACCCAGGACUUCCAGACCCGCCUUCCCUGCGGGCCAACAUCGCCUCCGUCCAUCGUGUUUCUUAUCUGGAGGAACUGCGCAGAAUUGUGCCCUGACAGCCCAGGAGCAAAGUAAAACUCCUGAGAGUAUCGGCUGUCUCAGUCGUGCUAAGUGCAAGGCUUGCUGAUCGUGGUGGGCACCGAAGAAAAAUGAAACUGUGUAACAGAACACGACAGAUGCUGGUUUGUAAGGUUCUGUGGGGCUGAGGGCAAGAAACUUGCAAACAAGAUGACUCCCCCAUACGCGAAUAAAAUCUGAUACUCUUAUCACACGUAAAGAACA